AUGGUAUUUCUAUUGAAAUAAUUAUUGCCUUUAGAGUACUUUGGCUGCAGCAAGAGCAGAUAACUUUUAUUAUCCUACAGACUGGGAUCCUUCCAAGGUACCAUCAUUUUUAAACAAUAUAUUUAGGGAAAUAUCACAAAAUUCCAUGAGUAAAGAAGGAAAGGACUAGGAGGUUAAGCAGUAUAAAACCCUGAUCGUAAAAAGAAUGACAUGUCUUAAGGUGCUCCUAAAAUUAGAUUUGAAAUGAUGUUUAACGUCAGAUGCUUAAAAUGCCAGAAUUCAAUUGGGAAAGGAGUCAGAUUUAAUGCUCAAAAGAGAACUGUUGGACAAUAUCUAUCAACUAAAAUUUAUGAGUUUCAAAUGAACUGUCACCUCUGUUCUAACAGAUUAGUUGUUAGAACAGAUCCUAAGGGAUGUGACUACAUUCUUUACAGUGGACUCGAAAAAAGAGCAGCAAGUGAAAACCCAGAAUAGUAAUAACUAGCUUAAUCUUAGAUUGAUUAACACAAAAGAAGAGAGCUUAUUGACAAUAAUGCAUUCUAUAAAUUGGAAAAUGCCAAUGAGGAUAAGUUAAGAGCUGAUGCAGACAUUCCAAGACUAUAAAAAAUUCUAGAAAUCAAGCAAAAUAAUAAAGACGACUUUGAAUGGAACAAAUUACUCAGGAAGAGAAUGAGAGAGAAUAAAUAAGAAUUGAUUGAAUUAGAAAAGGAACAACAGAAGCCUAAGAAUUUCGGAUUAGAAAUGAUCAAAACUUUGGAGGAGAAAGACUAAGAAAGAGUUAAUCAAAUAAGAAUGUAUCAGAGUACUAAUAAUUACAGGAAGCAUAAAAUGAUAGCUCGAGAUGACAUAAAGCGCCAAUCUAUAUUUGAUAAGGAAUGCAAAAUAAAUGAUACAGUGUAGAAGUUGCCUAUUGAUAUUAGAACUAAAAUACAGAAAAUGGCGAAUUCUAAUAAGCAGUAGCUAAGUAAAAAGGAGGAGGAUUAGAAAAGUAAAAUACUCAAGCAUCUUGACAGAAUAAAUAAGUGA